GUGGUGAAGGCCCUGGGCGAGCUGCACGCCGGCGGCCUGGUGCUCGAGGAGCGCGCGGGCGGCCGCACCCUGCUCGAGCAGUUCCCGGACCUCGGCUUCGAGACCUUCUUCAGCGGCGACCCGGCCCACCCCAACGCCUCGUGGCACCGGGCCUCCAUGAAACUGUGCGUCGGCAUCGUGCCGCACCUCGACAAGUACAAGGGCAACGCCGCGGCCAUCGCCAAGGCGCAGGCCGCGCUGCCCGGCGUCCUCGCCGAGGUGUUCACCGUCAUGGGCGCCUGGCCCGGCGUGCGCAACACCAUGUGCCACGGCGACGUCUGGCUCAACAACUUCAUGUUCCGAGACGACGAGCAGGGCCAUCCCGUCGAGGUGAGCCUCGUGGACUUCCAGCUGGCGCGCUACUCGCCGCCCGCCCACGACCUCGCCAUGUUCAUCGCCUUCUGCACGGACCGCGCCUUCCAGGAGCGACACCUGGACGAGCUCACCCGCCUGCACUACGACUCCAUGGCCGCGGCGCUGCGGCGCGCCGGCUGCGACCCGGACAAGGUGCUCCCGUGGAGCGAGUUCAGCGACGUGGCCCAGAAGCAGCGCAAGUACGGCCUGCUGCUCAUGGCGCUCGAGAACCCGUUGUCGCUCGCGCCCGGCUCGCUCAUGGACCCCCUGCUGGAGGACGCGGAAAAGUUCCACCAGCACAUGCACGUCGACCGGACCGACGCCAUCAUCCGCUUGUACCACGAGGACCCCUACUUCCGCCGGCGGUACAACGAGACCAUGGAGGGCGUCAUCGACAACUACAUCCUGAACGCGUGACGACGAUGACGACGACGUCGUCGCCGCCGUCCUGGUGGGCCGCGUACAGCGUACCCACCUCCAAGCUGUGCCGCCGCCGGCCCUCGUCCCGGCUCGCCUCCUUGAUGGCCUCCCAGAGCUUGGCCUCGCUCAGGAUCUGUCUGC